AUGCAUCAGCUGCAGAGCCACUUACAACAACGUCUCACCCGAAAGACGGAGUACAAGGAGGUUAACUUGCUCAAGGUCACACCGAGUCAGACUACAAAACCCACAAUCCUUUGCUGUAUAGAGCAGAGGCAGGAUCAAAAGCGAUACGAGCAGGCACUGAAGAUGGCGGCGCCCGUGAAUCAGGCGGCGCAACAACAAGUCCAGCAGGGGCUUCAGGCAGCAACGCUGCAACAGCAACUCAGCCUGCAGCAGGAUUUCGACCCUGUGCACAGGUUCAAAAUGCUGAUCCCACAGCUUAAAGAAAGCCUCCAGAAUGUCAUGAAUAUUGCAUCUCAGAAUCUAGCACACAAUACCACCAUUGACAAUGGCAUCAAGAGCAGCGAUGCUUCAGUCCAGCGGUUUGACAAGAGUUUGGAGGAGUUUUAUGCCCUGUGCGACCAGCUAGAGCUGUGUUUGAGGCUGGCUUACGAGUGUCUCUCCCAGAGCAUCGACAGUGCCAAGCACUCUCCCAACCUGGUGCCCACGGCGACCAAGCCAGAUACAGUGCAGACAGAGAGCCUCUCAUACUCCCAGUACCUGAGCAUGAUCAAAUCCCAGAUCACCUGCGCCAAGGAUAUCCACAACGCUCUGCUGGAGUGUUCCAAGAAGAUCGCAGGCAAGGGACAGCCCCACGGAACCCUCUGACACGCUUUCCAUAGCUGUCCGAGACCCUUGCAGGAUGUGCACUACGAAUCCAUUCUACCCUGCAGAAAGUCCACUGCGAUCGUGUUUGUUUCAAAUAUAUUUAAACGUAAAGAAUAAAUAUCUUGAAAUGUAAGAGGUAUUACCGUCAGUGCCACUUUAUCGGGACACCUCGGGUGAAGUAAAAAUAUCUAAUCUUACUUACGGUUUAAAAACGCAUUUAGUUGUUUCAUUGAAGAAGAAGAAAAAAAAACGAUCUUGACAGGUCAACUUUCUUUGCAACAGCAGCCUGAGAAACCACAGGAGACUCCUCCUUCUUCAAGAGUUCAACAUGGUUUACACAAUUUACACAAGUCACAGCGUAAUGACACUGCGCUACGCAACCUGUCUUGCUCUGAAAAGCGAUCUCUGAUCAUCAUUUGAAAAUACUGUAACUCAAUUGAACAGUGACUUCCCAAUCAAACAACAUCACUAGCAUUGAGAACAACCAUGUCCCAGAGUUGUAUCCCAUUUAAGCAGAAUUCCCGAUUAUCAGGAUCCUGAUUAGGCGGCACUGACUGAUUUUAUAUAGUUCUCUUAAUAUUGUGUUUGCAAUCAUUCUGAGUGGUUCUGGGUUUUUUUUUCGUCUCUCAAAAUCUGCCUUUACCUGGCUAUAAGCUUGUUUUGAGAUGGUCUUUUUUUGCCCCACCUAGAGCAUCACCUGGAAUUUUAGGAUUGAGACAUAAUAAAACAAAAACCGUACAAACAUAUUUUAGAUCUUUUUAUUUAACAUCAUGUAAUCAAAGAAACUACACAAUGAUAUCGCAAGUGUCUACCAUAAUACUAGUACAGUAUUUUAUGCUGGAUUUUGAAAUGUCAAAUUAUAUGGAAAACUACAAAGCAGUAUCUGAUCCAAUAUGUUAGCAUAAAAUUAUUCAGCAGGUUUCAUUUGACUUUAUGAAGCAAAAUUAAUUAAUUAUAUUGGGUGAUGCAAAACAUUUUGCCAUAGCUGUACUCUAUAUGUGUAAAAUGCAGAGAGAAUAGUCCUGGCACUUAGGAAUUUCAAAGCAAGCUCAAAGGCAGGUUUUGGAAAAUAUGAUAAUACCCACAUAGAAUGAUUACAAACACCAUAUAAUAACAAGGAAAGUAUGACAAAAUAUAAUUAUAUUUGAAACUACUUGCUUUUUACAUGUCCUGCUAAUUAGCGGUGAAAUGUAUAGAAACCGUGUCACAACAUUUUGAUUAAAACAUAUAUGAUCAACAGGCCAAGGACACACCUCUGGAAUAAAACUUUUAAAGAGUAAACGCUUAUUAAUUUGAUAAGGAAGGAAACGCCUCCUUCAUUUCCAGUAGGCGUUUCCACAGAGAUAAUUGUACAUGUUUUUUGCAAGUUCAUUAUGACCAGAUAGACCUUUCUGUAUUGUAUUUGUGCAGGUUUGUUAGCAGUAACAUUUCAAUUCACAAAGCCCCCAGUUAUUGUUCAUUUUAUAGCAGUGAUGGAAAAUGCUUUCUUUUGUAACACAUUUUUUUUGUUGUUAUGAUUUUGGAGUGAUCUUGCUUAUUCAACAAAGUAUAAACUAUUAAUACUGACUCUUAAAAUUGGAGCUGCAGUACACCCAUGAACCCACAGUGGGGCAGAAUUGUGUCGCUCUCUAACUCGAUGUCCUGUUGACAUUCAUUGAAUGACGGCAUCACAAGUGCAUGAGGUGAGCAAUACAACUAUUGUUCUUUUAGUGCACAGUACAUAUAAUGAUAUCCCUUAUGGUGUUCUAUAAUAAAAACUGAAUUUGUCUACUUGA